AUGGCUACCGACAAUCCGUACCUGGCGCACUUGAAGCCGAAGAGAGGGGGCAAAUCAAAGCAAAUAGUGGACAAUCCACUGCAUGGUCUUCUGGCCCGGAGAGUUACUGGCGAGCAAGUCCGCGAAGCCUUGGAAUCCGAUGUCAACCCCUUCACGAUGCAGUCCCAUACACCGCAGCACAAGAAGAUCCUCGAGGCACGGAAGAAGCUGCCGGUGUACUCGCAGAUGGACGAGUUCUUGAAGAUAUUCUCUAAAAAUCAGAUCAUUAUCAUAGUGGGCGAGACGGGAUCAGGGAAGACGACGCAAAUACCCCAAUUCGUAUGCUACUCGGAUUUGCCACAUACGAAAGGAAAGAUGGUCGCUUGUACGCAGCCUCGGAGGGUGACUGCUUUGUCGGUAGCGCAGCGUGUAGCGGAUGAGAUGGAUGAACCUGGGACAACAUUUCUGAACUACAUGACCGAUGGUAUGCUACUCCGGGAAGCAAUGAACGACCCCGAUUUGACUCGCUACUCCACUAUCAUCCUUGACGAGGCCCACGAACGCACACUUGCAACAGAUAUCCUCAUGUGUAUUCUGAAGACUCUCGCAAAACGUCGGUCAGACCUAAAACGCAUCGUGAUGUCUGCUACCCUCGACGCACUGAAAUAUCAAAAGUACUUCUCGCCCAAACACGGUGAGGUUGUCCCGCUGUUCAAAGUUCCCGGUCGCACACACCCCGUCGAAGUCUUUUACACGCAAGAGCCCGAACCGGAUUACGUAGAGGCCGCCAUCCGCACCGUGCUCAUGAUACACCGCCCCGAGGAACCGGGAGACAUCCUCCUGUUCCUGACCGGCGAAGAAGAGAUUGAAGAUGCCUGCAGGAGGAUCAAAAUCAAGGCUGACGAGCUUACGAGCCAAGACCCAGACAACAUUGGGCCCUUCAUCUGCAUACCCCUCUAUUCCUCCCUCCCGCCACAGCAACAGCAGCGUAUCUUUGACCCGCCGCCCCCCACUCGGACUCCUGAUGGCCCGCCACGGCGCAAGGUCGUCAUCUCUACUAAUAUCGCGGAGACCGGUCUGACCAUAGACGGCAUGGUCUACGUCAUCGAUCCUGGGUUUUCGAAGCAGAAAGUGUACAACCCGCGGAUACGCGUAGAGACUCUGCUCGUAAGCCCAAUCUCGAAGGUGAGCGCGAAGCAGCUGGCUGGACGAGCCGGGCGAACGAGGCCGGGCAAGUGCUUCAGGCUGUACACCGAGCGCGAUUUCAUGAAGGAACUUGAUGAGCAGACCCACCCGGAGAUUCUGCGGAGCAAUAUGGCGAGCAUUCUUGCCAAGAUGUUCAUCGUAAGCCCGGAGUUCAAGUGUAGCAACGAGAUCUUGACCAUCGUUACGAUGCUUUCAGUCCAAAGCGUCUGGAUGCAGCCUCCCAGUCAAAGAACAGAAGCAGACCCUGCGAAGCAUAUGCUGACUUUGCGUGGCGGCGACCAUCUGACACUGCUCAAUAUACACACCAAAUAUGGUGCCAAUGGUCAGGACAAAAACUGGUGUUGGAAGAAUUUCGUCUCUGCUCGUGCUCUGCAAGAGGUGGACAAUGUUCGCCUGCAGUUACAGUGCAUCAUGGAAAAGUUCGACAUCGACCUGGUCUCCACAGGUGACUCGAAUAAAUCCUACGCCGCCAUUCGGAUGGCGCUUGUCUGCGGGUUCUUCAUGCAGGUUGCACACAAGGAGGGUGAGAAGGGCAGUUAUCUAACACUCUGGAGGCGUGAGACCGGUCUAAAAUCGACCGGUAUAUUCGUUCGCUAG